GAAGGUGAAAUAAGAAAAUACGAUCCGUAAAUGCGAUGAUCAUAUCUACGUACGAAAAUAUGAAUCUGCAUCCCAGAAACAACCCAUCUGUGUCGCAAACCCAACCUGCGCAGGUUACAGCUGUGAGAUGGCUAUCUGCUGGGGAGAAGUUUAGGGAGGAGGUCUCGGCCGCCCGUCCUGGCAUUGUGGGAUACAGCUGAGCAAGAUCCAUUUUGGUACGUGAAAUCCCGGCUGGCAGAGGAACAAGUGCUGCGUUCUGUGGCGACAACCAGAUGCGGGCACGUCAGCUGGGAACGGAGCCGCGCUCGGGACGAGACGAGUUGUUUGGCGUCGCGUAAUUAUAGCACGCAGCAGCCUGUAGCAGCAGGUCGUGGGGGGAGGAGAGGCCGAGUUGGCGGGACGUCAGCUCGUCGCCAGACUGUCAUCUCUCAUCUCUUUCUCUCCUCAAAACAAUACUUGGAUGAUCCAGAGAGGGAGGAGGAAGAGGUGAGAAGAAGAAGAAGAAGAAGAAGAAGAAGAGAAGAGGAGGAGGAGCAGCCCCAGCAGCAGCAGCAGCAACCAAAUUUCUCAAAGAUGAGUCUUUUCGGCCUCGGAAACAGGAAUCAGAAGACAUUUCGGCCUAAAAAGAAUGCUCCAUCUGGAAAUAAGGGUGCGCAACUCAAAAGACACAUUGAUGCUACUCUGGGGAGUGGGAACCUAAGGGAGGCUGUUCGGUUGCCGCCUGGAGAAGACAUCAAUGAAUGGCUUGCUGUCAAUACUGUUGACUUCUUCAAUCAAGUAAAUAUAUUGUACGGCACUCUCGCUGAAUUUUGUACCCCAACCAGCUGCCCAACAAUGUCAGCAGGACCAAAGUUCGAGUACAGGUGGGCUGAUGGAGUUCAAAUCAGAAAGCCAAUUGAGGUUUCUGCACCAAAAUAUGUUGAUUAUUUGAUGGACUGGAUUGAAGCACAGCUAGAUAAUGAAUCCAUAUUUCCCCAAAGGCUUGGAGUUCCAUUUCCUCCCAACUUCGGCGAAGUUGUAAAAACAAUUUUUAAGCGUCUCUUUCGGGUAUAUGCUCAUAUAUAUCAUUCACAUUUCCAAAGAAUCGUGAGUCUCAAGGAAGAAGCUCAUCUCAACACCUGCUUCAAGCACUUCACCUUAUUCACAUGUGAAUUUCGCCUGAUUGAUGAGGGAGAGCUCGCCCCUCUGCGAGAUCUAAUUGAAUCCAUUAUCCAAGCACAUUGAGAAUAUAAAUAACCUGAAGUCAUAUCUUCUUUUCUCUUCUUCCUUGGAUCGGAUAGUAAUUCUUCUUCAUGUGGAUGAUUUUGUGGUGGGGGGAAAAAAAAUUUCUCCUCUUCUCUUCUUCCUGGAAUAGUGAUUUUUUUUCAUGUCGAUGAUGUUGUGGACAAAAAGAAGAAAAUUUUCUCGGUAGUCUUCAAAUGUUGUCUUCUACCAAAUGCAAUUCACUUCCAGAAAGAGUGGAUGUGAACUUUCUCAUGUUGUUUGAUGCGAGAGUAAUGCCAUCAUUGCGGUGCACAAAGCAAAAUCAAUAGUUUUAAGAGACUAUGAAAACAAUUUAACUUAGAUAUUGUGGAUUGUGAACUUUUUAUAAAUAAAUAUUUUUGUGUCAUUUAAUAUUUUUGAUAUUUUGAAGUUAUUUUGGUACUUGAAAUAUGACAUUAUGUUUAUCGAUAACUAACAUUUUAUUAAUGUAUUUUAUAAUUUAUUGUUUAGUAUUUAAAAUAUGCUAAUAAUAUUUUAUUAGAUGAAUCAUACAUUGUUUU